CAAUUUUGAACAGAACUGUUUCAUACCAAACUUAAUUAAAUUAAUUCAGCAUUAAGACGUCUACGAGACUGAUUUGUGGAUGAACAAUAGAAGAACAAGCUAGUGUAGAUUAUGAGAAAUUUAAAGGCUUAGUGCUGUGGAUAGUAUAACGACUCGAAUAAUUCAAAUUAAGGCACACAGCCCUUAAAGUUUGAAGUUCUUUUGUCUCAUAUCUUCGUCCAAAAAAAAAAAACAUUUUUAACAAAUUUAAUCAAAUAAUGUGAGAAAGUGAUCAAUUGAGACUUGUAUUCUCGAGUAUCAAGUAGUGUAAUGUACGAUUAACGAGAAUUAUGUGCCAAUAAUUUGUCAUCUCUCCCUGAAUCGUGUGAAAUUUGCAAGACUGAGUCUGAGUCAUCAGAAGAGAAAGAGAACAAUUUACACCAACCUAUCUGUGCUAUUUGUUAGCAAAAUAUUCACAUACCAAAUUAACAUCUUUUUGCAAGUCGAUUUAAAGACAGUUAGAAGUAAGAGAAAACGGUACUCGACAAUGUCACGCAAUAAAAUUAUUUCGUCAACUCAAAACAGUAUUAAUCCAAUUGAAUCGCUUCUGAACAUAUUACCCUGUGAUAGACCAAUUAAAUCAAUUCAGUUAAUUGAAAAUGUAAACGAAUGUCCAUCAAACUACAUCCCCAUACACAAAACUCUCGAUCAAGAUUCAGAUGCUGAUUUGUUUAGAGAAAAUCUGCUGUUUGGAAAGAAGAAUACGAGAUAUUUGUGCAUUAGCAAGACUGAAGGAUUUGAAAAUUUUGUAGUUGAAAAGAUCAAAAUCAUCAACUCGAGCGAAAAUUUAGCAAAUGAGGGAUUCAUAUCAAUUAAAAAUACGACAGACACUAAUCAAAAAGCAUGGAGGAAGAAGCAACUUGUAUACAAGUUAGGAAAGACUGAUAAUGUUAACGAAUAUAUAACUGAUAUAGUUGUAUUGACGAAAUAUAAGAACCCCCCAGAAGGAUUUGUGUAUUUGGGGGAGCUGGAAAAAAUGCAUGUAUGCUUCAAACUCACUUCCGCUAAGAAAUCAGAAAUCAUUGACUUUACGCAACAAAUUGAGAAUCUCAGAAUUCAAUCAAAUUUAUAUCCAAACAUGACGAACAACGGCAACAAUAACAACACGGAACAUUACUAUGAAUCAUUAAAGUUAUCUUAUCAGCUACCAGCAUCACCUCCUAAUAGACCAACUCCAAUGAGAGCAGCACCUUUACCACCUACAUCGCCAUUAAAUAUAGACGUAUCGCAGCAUAAUGUAUCAGCAAGUAGCAACAGUAAUACUGGGACGUUAUCUCAUUAUCAUAAUGAUUUUAUUGGAAUUCCAUUUAUAUUAAAUUCGCGAUUAGCAAAAAUUGAUUGCUCAUUCGAACUGCCAAAAAGUGUUCCAAAAUCAUCAAGUUCCAUAGAAUAUGAUUUUAAUCUAGAACGCCAAAUUUUGUGUAGCACAAGAAAUGAGAAAAGAAAAUCUACAUCCACAAAUCCGUUCUUCUAAAUGACUUGCCAUCACUUGAUUCUGAAAUAAUUAAUUUUAAUUAAACCCGGAUUAUUUUUUUAAAUCCAACGACCGACAAUUUUUAAUCCUGAGAUUAGUUUUUUAAUCUUAAGAUCUAACUUGUGACUCCAAAC